AGUUGUUAUGGUGAUGGAUACGUCACUUCCGAAAUUAUGGCCACCGCCAUGGCUCUAGCCCCAAGUCGGGGUUUCGGGCCUUGGAGGAGUAUUUGUUUUCGUUCUGGUCGUACCGCUUCCUUGGGGUGCCGGGUCUGCUCUGUGAGGUCCCGUAGUUCGGAGACGGUGUACGAUGUAGUGGUGUCAGGCGGUGGUAUGGUCGGAAGCGCUAUGGCUGCUGCACUUGGAAAUGAUGCCCAUCUUCAUGAAAAGAAAAUCCUGCUACUUGAAGCUGGCCCCAGGAAAUCAACCAAUCAAUUGCCCACAAGUUAUAGUAACAGAGUCAGUGCUAUAACUCUGGGCUCAGCCACACUUCUUAAUAGCUUUGGUGCUUGGGAUCAUAUUCGCAGUAUGAGAGUCAAGCCUUUUCAGCGGAUGCAGGUGUGGGAUGCUUGUUCUGAAGCCAUGAUAACCUUUGAUAAAGAUAAUCUGGAAGAAAUGGGAUAUAUAGUAGAGAAUGAUGUGAUCAUGUCUGCUCUAACCAAACAACUGGAUGCCAUGUCAGACCGAGUGGAAGUUCUCUACAGGAGCAGAGCGCUUGGGUACACCUGGCCCCUUCCCUAUCAAACUUGUGACUCAAGCCCUUGGGUUGAAAUUGGUUUAGCAGAUGGACGCAGACUGCAGGCCAAACUGCUGAUUGGCGCAGAUGGGCAGAAUUCCACAGUCCGGAAAGCAGCUGGAAUUCAGAAUAUUCAGUACCAGUAUGAUCAGUCGGCAGUGGUUGCUACUCUUCACUUGUCUGAGGCAACAGACAACAAUGUAGCGUGGCAAAGAUUUCUUCCAUCUGGACCAAUUGCUCUUCUCCCGCUGUCUGACACUGUCAGCUCUUUGGUUUGGUCCACAUCACAUGAACAUGCAUCUCAACUUCAAAGUAUGGAUGAGGAAAGUUUUGUGGACUCUAUCAACUCUGCUUUUUGGAGCAAUGCGGAUCACUCUGACUUCAUUGAUACUGCUGGAUCCCUUUUCCGAUCGGCUGUUUCUGUCCUGAUGCCAUCAGGGUCUGCAGCUCGUCAGUUGCCCCCAAGUGUUGCAAAAGUGGAUCCAAAGAGCCGAGCUGUGUUCCCUCUUGGACUGGGGCAUGCAACGGAAUAUGUCCAGCACCGCUUGGCUCUUAUUGGGGAUGCUGCUCACAGAGUACAUCCUCUAGCUGGUCAAGGUGUAAAUAUGGGUUUUGGUGAUAUCGCAUGUUUGAUGCAUCAUCUCAGUGCUGCAGCAUUCAAUGGAAAGGACCUGGGCUCUUUAAACCAUCUUCUGAGAUAUGAACAAGAACAGCAGAGACACAACCUUUCUAUCAUGGCUGCAAUUGACUUGCUGAAGCGGUUGUACUCUACAAGUGCAGCUCCUUUUGUGCUGUUAAGGACCUGGGGAUUGCAAGCGACUAAUGUGGCAACUUCAGUUAAAGAGCAGAUCAUGGCAUUUGCCAGUAAGUGAUCUCCUUGUGAACUUAGAUUUAAUGUUCACUACCAAUUGGUGGAGACUCUGACUUCAUUUGUAAAGGCUGGAUGGAUUACAUUUGUUCGAAGAUAUUUGAAUAGAUAAUGGGAAAAGGAGGAACAUCAGAUUUUUAUGUCUGCUUGUUAAAGGUGGAACAUUUGUUGCUUCAGAGAGAGCAGGACUUGGUUUUUGCCUAUGAUGCUAGUAAUUUUUUGAUCCUAACCAGCGCUGGGCUUCUAAAGACUUGGAAGGUUUGCUUGGCAGAAGUACAUUGUUGGAAGUUUACUUGUGGCCACUGCUUUGGAGGCAGACACAAAAUUGCUUUCAGCUCAGAUUUUGAGAUCAGUUAGAUUGGUGAUUAUUCAAGUCUCCCCUGAUUCUUCAUAGUUCAACAACAUUUUUCAGCCUUGGCCUGUUAGAUAUGUGAUGUCUGGUUGCUUGAAAAACAGGAUUGGGCUGAUGCUUGCCUAAUCUCUCCUAAGGGUUACAACCGUAUUCUCAUUCAUCAUUUAGCCUGGAGUACCAAAGAUGAAGAUCAAUUACAGGCUGGAGUCCAAGAACAUUCUGUUAAAAAUAUCAUUUAAUUUAUAAAAUAGACAUUCAGGGCUCUGUCUUGUUCAUGUACCAAUCAGCUAAUCCCAAUAAUAUUCAUUUAACUGCUUUGAAGCACUAAGUAAUACGAAUAAUACAGCUAACAAACAGGGAUAAUUGUGUAUCCUUUUUCCAGUCAACCAACCUGAGAACAAAAUGUGACUGAAAAGGUAUUUGAAGGUCUACAGCAUGUAUCCAACACACAUACAGUGCUGUAUAUGCAGACAGCGGAGAGGCCCUGUCUACUCACAGUUUAGCUUAUUUUGUAAUAAUUUAAAGUAAACUAAAGCAUGUGCUGUGCUAGGAUUAUACUUAAAAUUAUGUAAAUACCUAAAA